AUGAAACUAUCGCGUUUUUGGGUCUGCCUCGUUGUUCAAGUCGCCCUAGUCGCGUGGUGCGCGCAAGCUUCUGAGAGUGUGACGGAUGGGCCGGCCGACCAACCCACGACGGUGCGGGCGCGAUCGAGUGUCGUGGCAGCAGUGCGUGAGCUUCUCAGCACUGCCUUGGACAGCGCCUCGACAAGCGACGUCGCCCGAAAGGUGCUCCAAGCUGAGGUGUCUGCAGAAUGCAGCUUGGGCCUGUUGAAACUGAUGCGUGGACUCAGGAACCUCGAGCCUUGGGCGUUUAGACUGCUUGAUGCGUCUGGGAAGUACCCGAACGGUCUGAUGCAAGCCACGACGGCCGAUCUGGGGGCAUUCGACGAGUGCAUCGAGACCGUGGUCCGGGACCAGUACGGCAUCGAGAAAGUGCGCGGCCAGUACUGCAACUUCCACGUGAUGAUGGGGGACGACAUAUCUAUGAUCGAAGAGUUAAUGCCCGCCGCUCUUCUUUCCCACUGGAGGGUGCAAAACUUCACAAGCUACCUGACGGACCCCCGGCUACCCGGAUUACGGCUUGGGAUUUGCAUGAUCAACGACUGUACUCAAGCCGAUCUUCAAUCCAUCGUAAACACCCUGACUGGGACCGUUGUGAAAAUCACCGUAAAGAACUGCGUGACAAACCAGUAUCGAGGCAUGAAUACCACAGAAGCUGCCAUUAUAGCCGUACUGGGCACAAUCGCAAUCUUAAUUGUGAUCAGCACCUCCAUUGACCUGUACAUUUCUCACAAGGAUCCACGACGUCUAAACAGCGUGCUGAUAAAAUGCUUGACGUCGUUCUCCAUCAUCAAUAACACGAAGCUCAUAUUGGCCGUGAACAAGAACAAUAGCUCGGACACGUAUCAGUACCGAUUCAUUCACGGCAUUCGUUUUCUCAGCAUGGUCUGGAUAGCCCUUGGUCAUUCCUACGGGACCGUCACCGACAAUAUGUCACGAAUGGUCAACGCCCUGCAUUACUUUGAGCACUGGUACACUUUGAUUGUCACGGCAGGAUACCUCGGGGUGGAUACUUUCUUCUUCUUCAGCGGUUUUCUACUUUAUUACACACUCAACAAGCAGAGACGGAACAGGAUCAUUGUGGCGAUAGUCGCUAUGACCCGCAGAUUUGUCAGGGCUACAGUUCCCAUGUUCUUCGUCAUCAUGUGCAUGUACUUGCUCCCCUUAAUUGCGUCUGGCCCGGAUUCAAACGAAUUUUACACGAAGUUUUACCGGGAAAUAAGGAGGCAUUGGUGGGAUCUCCUCUUUCAACUUCGCAACUGGAGGCAAGAUAUGGAAUUUUCAACGCUGCCGCAUAUAUGGUACCUGUCGGCGGAUUUCCAGCUAUUUCUGCUUUCAGUCGUCAUCAUCCAAGUGUUCAAAAACAAAAAGUGGUGGGCUGCAGGCAUUUUUGCUUUGCUGUCUGUUGUGUCAUGUGGUAUUUCGGCUUGGCAAGUACACGGGAACCACAUGCCACCUUUCUUGGUGCCAGUCACAGAGGAGUUCAGCACUGUUAUCGAUACCCUGAACGACUACUACAUUCUUCCCUUCUACCAUGCGGUAUGCUUCUUCGCGGGAUGCAUCACACUGCUUUUCGUAGAAAAAUACCGAGAAGUUAAAAUUUCCAAGUUGGUCCAAGCCUCGUUGUGGUGCAUCAGCCUGUCUUGCGGAUUCUACCACCUGUUUAUGAAAAUCGACUGGUACCGAGCCACAGACCCCACAUCAGAAACCGGCAAGCUCUUCUACGCAUUUUCGGACAGGAUCGUGUGGUCCAUUUGCGUUGCCUGGAUCACGUUCGCCUGCUCCACUGGUAGAGGAGGUAUCCUGAAUCGCUUCCUUUCCUGGGAGGGCUUUGUGCCUCUGAGCAGACUCUCCUUUGGAGUCUACCUCAUACAUUCCCCUUUCUACCUCUUGAUGCACCAUAUUGCUAGGGAACGCAUCUUUUUCUCUCACUUCACACUGGUGUCUCAGUGCUUCUCAGUUCUCGUCUGGAGUUACCUGCUCAGCUACCUCAUGUUCAUUGCUUGCGAAGCACCCACGGGCCAUCUGGAGAAGCUAAUUUUUAUGCGUGAGCGAAACAUUGCCGCGACGAAAGCAGCGGGGAAAGAGAAACACGUGGAAGCAGAGUGCAUUGAAGACGGGUUCAAAGGCACGUACGGAAACGGAGUUGCCAAGGCUAACAGCACGGACCACAAGCCCAACUCUAUCGACAGUGUGUCCUACCGUCUAUAACACCCUUAACAAUUCAACGACACUGCGAUUAGUCCGCAUGUGUCGCUCGACUGCGAUAACCACAUUGUUCAACUGUCAAAUACGGAAUUUUGGGUCAUACACAGUCCUCCAAAAUUUCUCAACCUAGUUCAUACCUAACAAUAUAUUAUGACUUCAAAAUAUUGUAUGUAACAAACGUAAAACAAGUGUUAUGUUGCAUAAAGUCUGCCGCAGCCCAUUAUAUUCUUUAUUUAUGUACAAAAGUCGUGUCAUUAAUCGAUAUGUUCUUAAGUGGGAAAACAAAGGCACAGUGCAACACACCAAUUCUCACCUUUUACUUUUUGUCAUUCUGAGAACUGUCAGCAAGGUGUGAAUAGA